AUGGAUGAAACAAAGAAAGAACUUCGACGAUUAAAUAAGCUUGCAUGGGCAAGAGGGAAAGAAGAAACACCUAAAAGUCUUGACAGCAAUAUUAAGAAGAACACAACAUUCAUCAAGAAAUGUAAAACUUCAUUAGGUACAGAUAUGCGUACCCAACUGCUCAAUGAUAUUAAAAAAUUGAGUCUUGAGAAAUAUAUCUCAGAGAUUGUUAGUGGUGUUAUGGAGGGCAUGUUGAAAUGUAAAUCUAGCAAUGAUAUUGCAGCAUGUGUUGAGGUUGUCUCUGCACUUCAUCAAAGAUUUCCAGAUUCAUUUACUCUAUUACUAUCUUAUCAGUUAGCUAAAGUAUUGCAAGUACCAACAAAACAAUAUUUAGCGUCUUUAAGUGCUGAGCAAAAGGAAAAAGAAGAAUCAGCUCGAAUUAUAAAACAGCGUACUUAUUUACGUAUAAUAUGUGAGCUCUGGCUUGUUCAUGUUUUACGAUAUGUAGAAGAAGGCGUCCCUACUUUAGCAACUAUCAACGUAGGAGGAAUUGACACUCAUCGAGAUGCUGUUGCAGGGCUCUUGGGUGAUAGACAGAAGCAAACACAACAACAACAACAACAACAACAGCAGCAGCAGCAACAACAACAACUACAACAGUCAGCUUCAAAAAAAUAUACAGAUCAAGGAGGAUUUGUGUACAAGGUAUUGAAGGAUAUGCUUUCAAAUGAUAUGGAGCAACAUAUCAAUAUUCCUUUAGUAGCUUCAUUUCUUAAGAAUUACGGGCAAAGUAUAUUAAAUAUUGUACCUCGAAAGCAGCGUGCAGCAGCUGAACAACAUAAUGAAGCAAUACCUAUUUUUACAGUUGACCCAGAUUCUGUUGUCACACCAGAUAUUCAUGCUAUGUUAAUGAAUCUAUUUCAGUCAUAUUAUAAAUCUGUUGAAGUUCAUCUAGUCAAGAUGCAUAAAGCAAUUCAAAAGAUGGAACGACAUAAUAAUGAAGUUUUGUUUUCUCGUGGAGAAUUAUCAGAAGAAAAGAAACAAAGAUUUGAAAAGGCACAGAAGAUAUAUGAAAAGCUAUUAAAUCAUACUCAAACAUUAUCGGAUGCUUUAGAUCUUGAUAUGCCAGAUCUUCCUGUAGAUGAAGUUCAAACAAAACAAUCAAUCAUAAGUAUAAAUGCAGGAAAUUCCUUCAAUGAUGGCAAAGAAAAUUUGGGUAAUGGUAUUUGGGAGGAUGAUGAUGCUCGUAAAUUUUAUGAGGACUUACCUGACCUUCGUGUUCUUGUCCCUGAGGUCUUUUUUGAGUCUCAACCAACUACUAAAAAGGAAACGACGAGUGAAGUAGAGGAGAAGCCAGAAGAGGAUGAAGUAGUAGAAGAAGACGAAGAAGAGAAUACUAACUCUAGAUUAAAUGAAGAAGAUGAAGAUUUGGAGGAUCCUGAAAAUAUCUUAAAUGAAGUAAUUGAGAAUACAACCGCUGAAGAUGGAGAGGAUUCAUCAAAGCCUGCUAUGACAACACAGACAAUUCAAUUAGACAGCUUAAUAACCCGUUUAUCAACCUGCGGUAAUCGUGACUUAAUUGAUAGUGCUGCUGUCGACUUCUGCUACAUGAACAACAAGAAUGCUCGAAAGAAGCUUGUAAAAGCGUUACUGAAUGUACAUAGACAACGUCUUGACCUCUUGCCUUAUUAUUCUCGAUUAAUUGCUACACUUAAUCAGCAUUUCCCAGAUGUAGGUGAGAUGGCUAUUACAGCCUUAACAUAUGAAUUUAAGAGUCUUCAGAGAAGAAAGACACAAGAUUUAUUGGAGACUCGUAUCAAGAAUAUUCGAUUUUUAUCUGAGUUAGCCAAAUUCCGAGUUACACCUUCACAUACUAUCUUCCAUGUCUUUAAGGUUGCACUGGAUGAUUUUACAAAUCAUAACAUUGAUAUUGUCUGUAAUUUAUUAGAGACAUGUGGUCGAUUCUUGCUGAGGACACCAGAAACAAAUGUACGCAUGAGUACUAUGUUAGAAACAGUGAUGAGAAAGAAAAAUGUACAACAUUUAGAUAGUCGAUAUGCCUUAAUGGUUGAAAAUGCUUACUAUCAAGCCAAUCCACCUGAUAAACCAGCUAUACAAAUCAAAGAGAGAUCAACGAUGGAACUCUAUAUUCGUAAACUGAUUUAUGAAGAUCUCUGUAAAAAGACACUUGAUAAAGUUUUGAAGCAAUUACGCAAGUUACAUUGGGAAGAUCUACAAGUUCGUGGAUGGCUUAUUAAAAUAUUUCAAAAAAUCUGGAAAGUUAAAUUUGGCAAUAUUCAUUUGAUGGCUAUUUUAGCUAGUGGUUUAAAUAGGUAUCAUUCAGAUUUUGGAGUUCAAGUGGUGGAUAGCGUAAUAGAAGAGAUACGUAUAGGAUUAGAACAAAAUAUAUUCAAGCAUAACCAAAGACGUAUCGCAGUAGCAAAAUAUUUGGGAGAAUUGUAUAAUUAUCGUAUGAUUGAGUCACCUCUUAUCUUUGAUACUUUGUAUUCUAUUGUCACUUUUGGUCAUGAAUUUGGAAGACCUGCAAGAGAAAGAUUUUGUCCUAUCGAUGCACCCAAUGAUUUCUUCCGUAUUCGUCUCUGUUGUACAUUACUUGAUACAUGUGGUAUGUGCUUUGAUAGAGGUACUUCUAAAAAGAAGUUGGAUAAUUUCUUGACCUUUUUCCAGAUGUAUAUUUUGAGUAAAAAUAAACCACCCAUGGAUGUUGAUUUUAUGAUAUCAGACACCUUUGAAAUGCUACGACCUCAAUUAAACUUAUUUGGAAACUAUGAAGAAGCAAAUGAAGCAGUAGAUCGUAUGCUUUUAGAGCAACUUAAAUCAGUUCAAGGCGCUGAUGUAAGUGGAAAGGCGUUAUUAGAAGAUGGAUUUGAAGAAAGUGAAGGAUCUGAUUCAUCUUCAAGUGAUGAAGAAGAAGAUUUAGAUUUGUUAGAUGAAGCAAACAAAGAUGAAAACGAGAAUGAUAAUACGUUAACAGGCAGUGAAGUCAAUGCUAUAGGUGACGAUGAGGAGGAGGAUGGUGAUGGUGAUGAUGAUGAUAAUGUAGUCGUAUUGAAGACAAAGAAAGAACAGCUCUCAAGAGAAGAAGAAGAAGAAUUUGAAAGAGAGUUUAGUAAAAUGAUGAGUGAAAGUAUUGAGUCACGUAAAUUUGAAAAGAAGGCAGCCAUGUUAGAUGUACCUAUCCCAAUGAAUCUUAGAGGAUCUCAAGAUCGUCGUACGAUAGCACAAGAUAUGAAUAAGCCAGCAACAGAUAAAAUGGCAUUUACAUUAUUAACUAAGAAAGGUAAUCGACAACAGACUAAAGUCAUGGAAAUACCAUCCGAUUCUGUGUUAGCAGUGAGUACACGAACUAAACAAGAAGCUGAAAGAGAAGAAAAACAACAGCUAAAGAAGCUUGUAUUAAAUUAUGAAGAAAGAGAAGAAGCAGCAGCACGUCAAGCUGCUGUAGAGGAAAGAUCUAGAUUGCGUGGUCAUUAUCGUGGAAAAAAAGUAUUACAAAUGGGUGGAGGUGCAGGUCAUCAUUAUGCUACUAAUGGAGGCUCUAACUGGUAA